AUGAUUCAGAUUGCUCUCGGCAGCACCGCUACUAGAAGUCCUACAGCUGUCAGAGCGGUUGCUCACGUCACAUCUCCGUCGUCCAGCUCAGUCGCUCAGCCAUCAGGAAGUGAUCGUCCACCUAAAAAGAAUUUUGUGGAGGUGACGGAGCUGACGGACAUCACCUACAUGAGUAACCUAGUCAGGUUAAAGCCUGGUCACAUCAACGUAGUGCUGAUCCUCACUGAUGCUUCGAAGCAAGUGCUGCUCAGGAAAUUUGCCAAAGAAGUAUAUUCAUUCUCAGGGUCUCCGACUCUCCACUACUCGUUUUUAAACGUGGACAAGCACAGCCAAUGGAUGGAUUCCCUCAUGGAGUCGGCUCCUGAUGCCAGGCCGUCAGACUGCUUGGACGAAGAGGAAGAGGAGGACGCCACCUCCAACAAAUCAGACUACACUGGCCACGUCCUGGCGCUCAACGGCCACAAGAAGUACUUCUGCCUGUUCAGACCUGUGUUCACGGGGGAGGAAGCCGAAAGCAGCAGGUGGUCCGACGAGGACGCGUCCGCAGCCGGGCCAAGCAAACCCUCGAGGUCCCGGUCAAGUUCCCGACAGAAGGCCACCACUCUGGAGAUCCACCACAAACUGGACCGACUGGGUCUGUGGAUGGAGAGGCUCAUGGAGGGAACUCUACCGAGACACUAUGUUCCGGCCUGGCCCGGUCUGGACACCAUAACGCCACAGAAAUAAGACUCAGACCUAUUGCAGGAGGCAUGCUGUAGUGACGUGAAAGAUGUUGAAAUCUAGCGUUCAACAUCUUUUCUAUCCAAACGACGUAGUUAUUAUGUGAUUUUAAGUUAUUCUGUAAAACGCACUGGUUAUGAGUAGAGGUUUUCUUCGUUUAGAGCACCAUGUGCUCGUCUGCUGCUUUAGGGGCGAAACGCCUUUCCAUCUGCAACGUACACUGUCUUUUUGUUCAUAUGGUUGUUUCAUUACUGUAAAGAUGCCAAUAUCCAGAUAAAGCCACUCUGUGUAGCUUCCAACAUGUGUCUUAACACAGCUGGGUAUAUGGCGGCGACGGCCCACACUUAUGAUUUUGUCCAGGACCCGGUGAAUUCAAGCGAUGGCCCUGGCUUCAGAAGCAGUUCAUAGUAAGGUAACCUUUCUGCCUUUUUUCCAGUCACUAUUUGGAUUAUAGAAAUAAGAAAAAAUGUGUGUGUGUGUGUGUGUGUGUGUGUGUGGGAAUGGGUUAGUCAACCCAUUCUCCUUAUGCAAAAUCUCUGACUACAAUUUUACUAAACUGUGGUGCAUGAAAAGGUUGAAAAUGUUAUGUUUUAAAAGAAUAGGUUUUACUGCCAUUUGUGCAUGUGCUGCCUUUCCUCAAACUCCAUACUUUGUUUUAUCUCAUUUGCACUUUGAUGACUUGCUUAGCAUAAACUUAAUAAUAUUUAAAGAGAGGUUCUUACUGCAUCUGAAUUAACAUAACCAGUCGAAUCAGGUUAAAAAUGUCUCUAGGUCAUCAGUUGGCAUUUUCUUUUGAGAAAAUGACUUUAUGUUGCACUUUUUUUGUGGUUGAUUUGCAUAUCAUGUGCAUUGUUUAAAAAUAAUAAUAAAGUUUGUACUGUA